AUGGCCGGACUUGAGGAUCCAGUAAUGAAGGGGAAUCAAUAUGUCGUACACGAUGUUGAAGACCAAACUCAAGCACGAUAUGAUGCUGGAGAAGUCAUACCCGACGAUGGAUUAAUUGUGACCCAGCAUGAACGAUUGGGUCUUAUGCGGGGGUUGUCACAACGACAUGUUCAAAUGAUUGCUAUUGCGGGGGCCAUUGGUACCGGACUGUUCCUCGGCCUCGGUAGUUCGAUUGCUACCGGUGGUCCACUGGGAGCUCUACUAGGGUACGCUUUUGUCGGGCUGGUGGUUUGCGCCAUCCAAUUCGCCCUCGGUGAGGUGUCUGCCUUACUCCCAGUGACAGGUUCUUUUGUUCGUCAUGCUGAAGUUCUCGUCGAUCCUGCCUUGGCCUUUGCAAUCGGCUGGAACGUUGUAUAUGGAUGUUUUAUCAGCGUACCAAGCGAGAUCUCCGCCAGCGUGGUGUUAAUUCAAUAUUGGACUGACAUCAACGCUGCCGUGUGGGUGACCAUCCUCAUCGUUGUUUCGGUUGCCGUUGCUGUUUCCUUUAUUGGUGUUUACGGUGAAAUCGAGUUUAUCUUCGCAAUUCUCAAAAUCUUGCUAGUCAUCUUCGUCGUCAUCUUGGGUCUGGUCAUCGAUCUCGGCGGCAUACCUGGAAAGCCGCGAUUGGGCUUUCAUUACUGGAAAGACCCUGGCCCCUUUGUUGAGUAUAUCGCUUCCGGGUCCUUGGGUCGCUUUCUGGGCUUCUGGGCAGUGAUGACCAAUGCCGUUUACUCUUUCGCUGGCGUGGAGUCAUUGGCCAUGGCGGCUGCGGAAACACGAAACCCGCGCCAGAACAUUCCCAAGGCCUGUAAGCGGGUAUUUGCUCGGGUCACCAUAUUCUACCUCGCUGCGGUCUUAAUUGUGGGCAUGUUGGUGCCCAGCACGGAUCCUCGUCUGAGCGACGACUCAGGAACAGCUGCACAGAGCCCCUUCGUUCUUGCCGCCAGUGAUGCGGGCAUCAAGGCCAUCCCAUCGAUUGUGAAUGCUGUAUGCCUGACAUCGGCAUGGUCUUCGUCCAACCAAAGCAUUCUGGCGGGUACCCGAACCUUGUACGGUCUUGCAAUCAAAGGCCACGCACCAAAGAUAUUCCUGAAGACCAAUAAAUGGGGUGUGCCAUAUAUGUGUGUUGCAAUGCAAGUUGCUUUCUCCUUCUUGGCCUACAUGUGUGUCUCCAACAGCGCAACCACAGUCUUUUAUUGGUUCGUGGAUUUGACAGCCGCUGGUACUUUGGUCUCGUGGAUCACUAUUGCCUUGAACCAUAUUCGCUUGCUUCAGGCAUUCAAGAAACAGGGAAUCUCCCCUCAUACUUUGCCUUGGCAUAAUGAUAUCACUAGGUAUACUAGCUGGUUCGCCUUGGUUGCCUGCAGUAUCAUCUUAUUGACAGGAGGGUUCACAGUUUUCACGACUGGAAGCUGGGAUCCUGCUACCUUUGUAUCGUCCUAUCUAGAUAUACCCCUCGUCUUGUUUGCCUACGGAGGCUAUAAGUUAAUUCGCAAGACGGAGAUAGUCCCUCUGCAAAUGGUUCCUCUCCGUCAAGCACUGGACGAAGCUGAGAAUGACCCAGAGAAUGUGCCAAUCAAAAAAGAGAGCAUCUGGGCGAAGAUCAAUAUUCUAUGGGGCUAA